AUGUGUACAGCAGGCUAUACUCAGCGUGUGGUUGGAAAUGGAAUCAAAGCCCAAUCUGGAAAUCCCGAAGUCAAAGUCAGAGGAACUGAUCCUGUGAUAAAUCAAAUUAUUGAUAAACUAAAGCACGUUAUUCAGUUGUUGCAGGGUAGGUCACCCAAGCCCAACAAGUGGGAACUGCAGAUGGGCAGUGGCGGUGGCAUGGCUGAACAGGUCAGCGGGGAGUGUGAUGAUGAAGAUGGUUGUGGGGGAUCGGGAAGUGGAGAAGUCAAGAGGACGCUGAAAAUCACGGACUGGAUGCCAGAGGAGAUGAACCUCAGUGAUGUAAAGCAGAUCCAUCAGACAGGCGGAAGUAGUACUUUAGAUACAGCUGGAUCGGGAUGUUCAGCAGCGACUGGUUCCAGGGCAUUUAUGCUGAUGGGUGCGGUGAUGUUACUUCCUUGGCUUUAGUAACUGAACCCUUCCACCCCGACACACCUGUCUUAUUGGUAUCUUGAUUUCCCCCCGUCUUCAUCUGACUGGAAUAAAAAAUCUUUUCGAAUGUAACAAUUAUAUUUAUGAAAAGGUAUGUCACACUAACUUCUUAUAAGCCAAGGGGGAACGUUCACAAAUUAUCUAAAAAUGAUAGACUGUUUGAAAACAUGUCUUCUAUGAUUCUAACUUAAAUCUUCUUAAAUUCUAACACAUUAAACCUGCAAAUGUGAAGAGCACAGAAGUGACUUUGAAUAAGAAGGAUUCAGUAUACCUGUAAUUUUGCCAUCUUUGAUUCUUAUCCCUUUUAUCAAAGAAAAAUGUCUUAAGUGGAAAGUAUAUUUGCAGAACAAUGAAAACAAUAGUGUUUCUUAAAAUACUGGAAUUAGAAUUCCAUUAAAUGAAUCAAAACAAAUGAUGGCAAGUAGUAUGCAUGAAUUUUCAAGAGAUUCUUCCAUUUUUGCAAGCUAUAUGAAGAAAUUACUUGAAGUCUGUAAGUUAUAGAGUAGAUUGUUGAGGAGCAUUUCAUGUAAUUUCAUUGAAGAAGCUUGAUAAGUUUUAUCCACUGUAACUUAGCCACUGACAAACCUUAAGCUGAGUAUUUUGGUAGCAUCUGAUCUAUAGUCUAUUAUAUUCAAAGUGCAUCUUUGGUAUUGUGGCUUCGCUCCCUCUCUUUGCCAAAUGGAUUUAGCCAUGUUGCAAACACACACCUGCUCUGGGAAUAUCUCUAAGAAAGCCAUUAAUUAUUUAGUAGAAAGUUUGAAAAAUGAUAUAUUCAUCCAUUCUCAAAAUAUUCUUUGCUAUUUUUUUAAUCUUGAUAUUAACCAAUUGACUAUCUGUACAUUUCUAAGGUUCCUAUGAAUACCUAAAGGCAUGUACUAAUACAGAAAAUGUAGCUUACAAUACUUCAGCUCUUUUUCCAUUUGCACAUUAGCAGAACUGCUAAUCCACAGUCCUUGAUUUCCCAGUUGUGAUAAGAUGCCUCAGCAGGCACCAAUUAGCAUAGGUCUAUCAUUAUACUUAAGAAGGAAGAGAUAAGUCAGAUUUUAUUAAGAAGCAUCAUGUCCAGUUGACAGCCAAAAAUAUUAUUACAAAGUGACAAUAGGAAAGAGAAGUGCUAAAUUUGUAAAAAUGUUUAAAAAUGAAAAGGAUUUGAAAUGACCUCUGAGAAGAAGUCAAAGAGGACUCAAUCGACAGCAAAUAUUUGCAAGGCGAAAUCAAUCUCUCCAAAUCAGGAAAUGUUACACGAUCAAACCAUGUUCUCUCCUGGGUUCUAAGUUAACUGAAUGAUCUGACAAUGGUCAGUUUAAACUAUGAUAUGUUUAAACUGCCAAAUCAUGUUUUAUUGUCUGUUUAAACAUACCUCAGAGCUGUGUUACUCCACCUGCCAAUUCUGGCUGUCAUUUUCCUAGGCUUUCAUUCCAAAUCAUAAUAUUUAUUCCAUGAUCUACUUGGUUUAUAACUCAUUUGCACCACCAUACUCCACAAAUUAUAAACUUAAACAUAUAUUUGGCUACUCUUUAUUUAAGCUCAGCUCAUUAUUUAAACAACUCAAACAGGUAAUAUGAAGUCACCCAUUUGUGACACUUCAGCCCAAGUCAUGACUGGUUUGCUCUGGCAAGACUUCUGCCCCAACCUUACCGGAAUUUGGAAGACAAACUUAAGGGAUGGUUCAGCAGACUAAGAUGUUUCUGGAUUAAAUUCCAUCAUAGGAGGUAAUUUUAGAUAUGGCAGGAAAUGGAGAAAAGCAGAGUGGUUACAAAGUCAGUAGUAUGAAUGAAUAUUUUUUACCAGCUAAAUUUUACAUACUCAAACGGGUGUUGUCUACCUCCAGGCAGGCACUUUGGAGACCAUAUGUAUCACAGGAGUGCUACUUUAGCUUCAACUAUGUGGAGGCUUUCAGAAUUCCUUUAAGAACCUGAGGCAUAUUUUCUAAUAUUCUCAAUGAGGAUAUUCAUUCUUUAAUAUUCUACUCCAUAGCACUGUACCUUGGUACAGGUCUUUAUAAUUUAAAAAGCUCGUUCAGAUGGAAUGGAGUAUCACAUUUGACCUUUCUCAGCCCUCAAAGAUGGGCUCAGUUUUUAGCCAAAUAAAAACAGAAAUAUUUGAGGUUUGUGGUGUUUUUUUAAUAUGACUCAGAAUUUGUAUCUGGAGAGUUUUCCUAAGUCUAAAACACUUUGAACAAUGGUAAGAUUGUUAGACUAUGUGUCUACUUUCUCAGAUGACUGAAAGGAUAACAUUCAAGUGAAUAUACAGAUUUUAAAAUAUCACUUGCUUUAUAGUCACAUAUUAUGCUUUGAUCAUUGAAACAAAGGCUUUUUCUUGAAUUUGAGUUAUUUUUAUAUAAAUUCAAGUGAUCCUAGAACAAUCUAGUGUUUUACAUGUAUUAGGGAAUAAUCAGUGAACAAUCUGAGCUAACAUUUACAUGGCCCUUCCUCUCUACAGCACCACGAUCAGUGCUUCUGUACAGUCUCCUUUGGUCCUCCCCAAAUUAUCAUCACCUCUACUGUACCAAGGAGAAAACUGAAGCAUACAAACAUUAUAUAAUUUGUCUGGUGUCAUACAACUCAUCACAGUAGAAUCCAAUGGGCAAACAUAAUGUCUCUGAACUGCAUACAUUCCUGGUUCAAAGAUAGGAUCACUCUGUAAUAGUAGUAAAGAAUGAUGAAUGAAUAAUUGAAAUUAUUGAGGUAAUUUAAGUCUUCAAACUAGGAUUUAGAAAACAAAUACAAUUGACUAUAUAAUUAUAAUUGUAAAAUUAUCAAACUACAUAUUAGUGCAAAAGCAUCAAGAAAAGGAAAUGUAAACAUGAACUUUUUUCAUUACCAGUCAUUGCCCUCCCACAUAUGGAAAUCUCAUUUGAACACAACCCCCAAGAUAAAUCAGCUGCCAAAAAUGAGAAAAAAAAUACACAAAUUUUACAACUAUCAUGGAAUCGUGAAAUUUCUGUGAAACUGAAGGGUAUAAAAUAUUUCUUUGGCCACAAGGCACAGAAUGGCAUAAAAAAAUAGGAAGGGCAGAAUGUUAUUUUUAAGGUCCUAGAUUUGCCUUUUUAUCCUCUAUUUGUUCAGGAAUGUUUUAUCAAUGAAAUAAUGUCUGGAGUGUUCUCUUGUUAUUAAAGGAUAGAAGUUAAUAAGCUAUUUCCUCCCGAACAGAUUUCUGAAGUGCUCAGUGAUGAUGCUUUGAAAAGGAUUCAAUUGGUUUAUUGCUAAUUGUUUUCAAUCACUUAAAAUAUUGUUUCUAUCAUCAUAGCUCUUCAGGUACAAUAAAAAUUGUUUCUUCUUGAAUGAAUGAAUUCAAUCUAGACUUCUGUUAUUCUAUGAGACAUUCACAGGGCAGUCUGUGAUAUCAGUAUUUCUUUAUGUUGCAAACUUUAAUAUCCUAUAUAAUUACAUGGGUUGUAUGAAAUUUCAGAAAUAAUUCUUAAUGUUGUUAGGUAUGACUUUGAGCAUAUCAAGUUUUUCUUUAAGUGAAGAUUGUUGUGUAUUAAUUAUUUCUGAUUAAAAUACA